GUGACGGAUCAGCGAAAAAUGGAAUCGAAAUUCAAAUUGGGAGAUAUCGUUUGGGCUAAAAUGAAGGGGUUUCCCCCAUGGCCUGGAAAGGUUUGCCACCCUAUGCCAGAUGUUAAAAAGCCAGCAGACAAGAGACCCAAACAGUUUAUUUUUUUCUUUGGUUCUGAAAAUUAUGCCUAUGUAUUAGAGGAGACAAUAUGGCCGUUCACAAAAUUCAAGGAGCUGUAUAAAACACCAUCUAGGAUGCUAAGAGGUUUUCAGGAGGCGGUUGAGAUUGCUGAGAAAUUGGAUAGCCUUCGAGAUUGGGCUGAACCACCUGAUGUAUCACCCAGUGACGAAGCUGAAAAAUUGCAACAAGCAGCUAGUUUCACUAAAAAGAGGUUAUUAGAUUCAGGACCUUCAACCUCUUCAUCUUCCAACAAAAAGCAGAAAGAUUCAUUUGAAUUCAAUGACAGUAACGAAAACGACGACAGUUUUGAAGGUCCUUCUUCAAAGCGAAGUUCCAUGCAGUAUGCCAACGAUGAUUAUUAUGCUCCUGAAGGUUACAUGCCAGACAUAUUGCCACCACUGAAUGACUCGAUAUCAUCUCGCAACAUCAUCGCUACUCCGAUGAGGAUCGGAUUCUUAGGAUUAGGCAUGAUUGGCCGGGGUGUGGUCGAUAAUCUUUUGAGGUCGGGUCACGAGGUCACUGUCUGGAAUAGAACAACUUCAAAGUGUUAUGAGUUUACUAAAGAUGGAGCCCUAAAAGGCAGCACCCCGGCUGAGGUCGUGCAACUUUGUGACAUCACCUUCUCGUGUGUUUCUGAUCCAGCUGCUCUUAAAGAUCUUGUGUUUGCCAACUGUGGCGUCCUACAAGGUAUCAGCCCUGGCAAGGGUUAUGUUGAUAUGUCAACUGUUGAUGUUGAAACUAUUAAAGAUGUUCAAGAGGCCGUGGUAAGCAAAGGAGGAAGAUUCUUAGAGGCACCAGUGAUUGGCAACAGAAUGUUAGCACGAGCAGGCCAGCUUGUGGUGCUUGCAGCCGGCGACAAGGCUCUUUACGACGACUGCUACUCAUGUUUUCAAGCCAUCAGCAAACAUAAGUUUCAUCUAGGGGAGGUGGGCUCCGCCACUAAAAUGAAACUAGUUCUUACGCUGAUUUUCGGCUCUGCCCUGUCUGGUCUGGCUGAAUGCUUGGCACUGUCUACGAAAUUGGGACUGGAUAAUACUGAAGUGAUGAAGAUUAUCAGCCAUUCGUCCAUCAGCUCGAUUUUUAUACAUGAAAAGGGAAUUGAUAUGAUAAAGAACAGAAUAGCCGAGCCCAACUGUAAGCUGAACGUCAUGCAAAAGGACAUGAAACUGGCCAUCAAUCUCAGCGAUACUGUCGACCAACCACUGCCCGUCUGUGCGGCUGUUAAUGAGUUAUUUAAGAAAGCCAAGGCAAAAGGUUACAGUGAAGAUGACAUAGCCUCGCUAUACCGGGCUGCCGACCUUUAACCUUUCAUUCAUUAAUUCUUUCAUUCACUCGAUCAUUUGUUUGUUCAUUCAUUCAUUUGUUCAUGUAACUGACAUUUGCACCGAUUUUUGUGUUUGUGUUUGUGUGUACAAUUCGCGUUUUAGUUUUUCAACUGAAAAGAAAAUUAAUAGAGAAAAUUAUAUCGUAUGCAUAUAACCACAAGUUAUUACGAUAACCGUAAAUAGACUGCGUAAACAUUGCUAGUUUACAAAGAUUUCACUUCAAUCAUUUUUUGAAUAAAAGUUGUAUGUAUAUAGCGUGUGAGUGUUUGUGUAUUUGCAGACGUGUAUUUUGAUAUUUAGUUGAAGUAAUUUUUUUACGUGUCGUUUAAUUAGCUCGGUUCAAAGUACAUACGGAAGUGAUGAGUAAUGCACUUGUAAGGCGAGGUAAAAGGUUCGGUAUGGAUGUAUUCCCUUGCUAAUUGUUCUAAUUGAUGGAGGGAGUGGGCUCUUGUUUUUUUCUCUGUGUGUUUGUGCAUGUGUGGAUAUGUAUAAACUAUUGGGAAUAAUUUUAAUUUUGUCUGCUUUUUAUUGGUUUUGCCGUUAAAGUGUGACUAAGAGAACGUCAACCUAAUUUUGCUCAAAAAAUCAACUUUGAUAAAAUAAAAUACUUUGAACAUGAAUAAAA